AGGUAUCGCGAUAAGGCCACGCCAAGUCCCCGUUUGUUUUCUAGGGCUUUUGGGCGGUCUCUCUCGAUCGUGCGGUUUUCGCCGGAAACCGGUGGCGGUGACGUCGGUGGGCUAGGGUUUCUCUUCGCUGGCAAUCGCGAACCAUGGCAGGAAAGGAAGUGCGAGAGUACACCAACCUCAGCGACCCCAAAGAUCGAAAAUGGGGGAAAGGGAAGGACAAGAUCGACGACGAGGACAUCACGUUCCAACGGAUGGUAGCAAAGAUGCAGGAAGUUGCCGGUGAACGUGGAGGCUACCUUCAUGGGCGAGGCGCUUUGGACAGUGAUGACUUGCUGUAUCUAAAGGAACAGAUGGAAGCUGAGGAAGAUGCUGAGCGUCUUCUACGGCGCACUGAGAAACAAGCUUUUGCUGCAUUUAAGAAAGCUGCAAGUCUGGUUGAUUCCUCACCUGCACCUUUGCCGUUGCCGCUUCGGGUUGAACCGAAGCCCAAGAGUGGCAUAAGGCAGCAAGAUCUCUUGAAAAACAUUAUUGGAAUCAAACCUAAGCGGCAGAAAGUUUCAAGUCCUAGUUCACUGCAAUCUGAACGACCGACUGUCUCAUCAACUGGAGACCGUGAGGGACAUCUGGGGAAGAAUAUCUCUCAUUCAACGCCAUCCAAAACCCAGAAAAAUGCAUGUCUGGCGGCUAAUGUUGCAAUGCAGGAGCAGCCGGUGCGUGAAGAUACUUCCAUGAAAACUAAUGGCGGCGAGGCCAAUCGAAAACCAGAAGAUACUGUUAAAAGUUUGCUAGGACUGGCUUAUGAAAGUUCUGAUAACGAAUGACCAGAGGAAAAUAUACAACCAUAGCAUCCUCGGGAAUUUUCUCUUCUAUUUUGUUUUCACUACAAACCUAGUCGUUGUAGGCCUGUCUUGUUAAUUUUCUAAUGUGAGCAAACCUGUUGGUAGAAGAUACAACUCUUCUGCUAUUUUUACCCAAACCACAUUCCACAAUACAUCAACAUGCAAUUCGGUUAAAUGUUCGAUAUCUGAAGGAGCAAUUUUUAUGCUACAAACUGGACGUUGUUUGACUUGCGAACAUUA